AUGGAGGGUGGCCAUGCAUGGAGGUCGCAGUGGCUUAGACUUCUCGAUCCCAAGCCCCGAGGCGACGAAAGCGAAAUGCAACGAUUGAAUGACACUAAGAUCAGAACUGCAGAGGCUCGUAAAGAAGCUGCUCAAGAAACGAUGAACGUCUUCGUAAGGAGCACUGCCCAUCACUUGAUUUGUUAUCGAUCUUUGCAACCAGAGACAGAAGCCUCCUUGCGUGAAAUCUUCAUCAAUGCCGCCGAAUUAUCCUACAAGUUAUGGCAACGAAAGAGCUACCUCGAGUUCAGGGGUAUGAAGGACCUCCCCCGAACGUUCAACAACGGUGUGGAUAUUCUUCAGCCACACAGGAUGCAUAAUGUGGCAUUGGGUGACGAUGCGACUGCAUUGGAUGGGGCAACUGUCCUUAUGGUCACUCAUCCAGCUGUUCUGGUUCACGGAGCCAGUGACGGGUCUGACUACGGUAGGUCUGGGAUUUUGAAGGCUGCAGUGGUUUGGGUGGGUUAG